AUGUCACAUCGACAUGGCAUGCACCACCAUGUGCGUCGUCACAUCCCGGAGGAUCCUGUGCAGCUUGAAUCGGUGCCUUUAGAGCCUGCUCCUACCAUAUCCGAAGCUCCCUCCGUCAUUCGCCGGACCUCUUCGGCCACCUCGACCUGUACAGGCUCAUCAUGUGAAACCACGAGUAGCUCCAAUCUCGUCAACACUUUGCCCGUGGUUCUCGGAGUAGUAAUUCCGGUUGUCCUCGCCAUCGCUGUUUUGUUAUUUCUACACAGACGACAUGUCCGUAAACUUCGCCAGGAGGAUGCAAACGACAAACACAAGUCCUUGGAUUUCGGUAUGGAGGUUGUGCGAGCUGGUGGCGGGAAAGCCAACCCGGAAAUGGGAGAAAAACCUCACAAACACGGAAUGUCCUUGGACAUCAUCAGCAGCCCUUAUCUGCUUCCCCCAGGAUUACAUGGCUCCAAAGAAUCUCUGCGGUCCCUCUCGAAAGUGAUUAGUCCAGAUGAUGACAAAUACCGACUCGGACUUGCUGCUCAAAGCGACACUGCUUCGCUAAGAUCAUACCGUUCUCAUCCCAGAAUGGGACAAGAUGAUGCAUCUAGCUUUAGAGGAUCGACCAGACACGGACCUCUACCCGACGAUAUGAACCAGGGCCUCUUGCAAAAUGCCUCGAGGAUGUCACGAUCACCUCCAGUUGAUGCAACAUCACCCUUAAGUGUUAACCAUACCAUCCACGAAGAGCAAUUCGACCACCCAAGAACCGUGGGUAACCAAAGUCCAAUCCGGCAAGCCGAAAGUCCACCAAUGGCUAAAUCCCCGAAGAAUCAUGUUUCCCCGGAUCAUUCCGGCCAGGGUGAUGAGAUGUUCUUCGGCUCUUUCCCUCAGCGAAACCCCAAUCGACUCACUUUGAACCCAUCCAACGGCCUCCAAGCCCCGAAUGAGGUGUCUCACGAGCCUCAUCCAAGUCUAGGCGGCUUUGACUUCGGGACAGGUAACACUGGCCCUGCGAAUGACCGCCAUGAUGCCCCGGUCAUGGCUGCAGAAACCCUUCACACUGGGCUUCCUAGAUUAUCUCUUCCGAUGAGCGAAACUAGUGAUUACGGAGAUGAGCCGAAAGCUCAUGUGACGCCAUCAUUGAAUAUGCCAGAGGCUGAAGACCAACCUCGAGAGUCGGAAGAUUUCCCCCAUCCACCAAACAACCGUAUGACUCAGUCAUUCACGAAAUUUGAUGAAGGGUUUGAUCCACACAGGCUGACUGUCGGUAUCCGUCCUCUUCCACCGGAAGACCCAACCGACAAUGCCGAACAGCGAGCUAACAGGAUUCGUUCUUUCUACAAAGAGUAUUUUGACGAUUCUAAGGGCGGUAAUGAAGAGUACUAUGAAGACUUUGGACCAGAGUUCUAUGAAGAUCCUGGAGUGUUCGAUCCAUACUCUAGUGAUUACUUCACGGGCCCACCCAAACCAUUCGCUCAACCUAUUGGACGUCGCGCCAUGACACCUCCUCCGCGUUUCCAAGGACCACCUCGCAAUAUUAUGCACCCAGCUGCUGGCUCGAGAGGUGCAGGCCCGCGCGCAUUUUCCUCUGCUUCGGGUCGAAUGCCCCCUAAAGGACCCGCGAAACCAGCUCCCCCACCGGAGCCGUUACACGUUUUGCCUUCACCUCACUUGAUCAAAGACGACAUGUCAAUAUUGCCCAUCGACUAUGCUCCCCCAUCCUUCAAGGACCGCGUAGAAGGCCGACCAGAAAGCCCCCGUGGAGGACUACGUCCUUAUACAUCCAUGAGCCGUGCUCAUACUCCCCUGGUCUCGUCCUUCGACGACCUUGCAGCUAUCCCGAGCCCUCACGCUUUGCGAAAGUCUGGAAUAUAUACUACAUUGGACUUUGCGCCUCCUGCGCGAUUCAAGAAUGAUACGGGAAGCGAUGCUGGUAGCAUUCGCAGCAACCGUACUGGCAUCUCGAGAAUCCACGAUCAUAACAUCCGUACCGGGGCAUAUCGUGUCAGCCGGUUGCCGACAGACGUUGUGGGCACCAAAGAUGAUCUCUUUGCCAGUCUGCGACCCACCAUGGACCUGGGGCGCUAG